GGCGUAUUAUUAGUAAUGCAAUUUCUUGCAAUAAUAUUCUCAAUUCCCUUGAUAAAACACCAACAAAACCGCAUAAACGAAGCUAUCCGCUCCUCAGAACUCCGUGUUAUCUCUGAUGACCUCGGAAACCUGGGUGUUAUGAGUACCAAAGACGCACUAGCAAAAGCUCGUGAGCUCGGACUUGACCUUAUUGAGAUAUCGCCUGAGGCUGUACCACCCGUUGCUAAAAUCAUUGACUAUGGAAAGUUCCAAUACUCUCAGUCUAAAAAAGCAAAAGAGGUAAAGAUUAAAACCAAAUCUUCUGUUGCAGCAUCUGAAGUAAAAUCUAUACAGAUCAAGGUAGGUACCGGUGAAAAUGACCUCGCUAUCAAAGGAGCCAAAGCUUCGGAGUGGCUAGCCGAUGGACAUCGCGUCAAGGUUGAGCUGUUCCUUCGUGGACGUAUCAAAUACAUGGAGAAAUCUUUCUUGCAAGAGCGCCUAGAGCGUAUCCUUGCAACCAUUGCAACACCUCAUCGUGUAGUAGACGGACCAAAAGACAGUCCAAAAGGAGUAAACGCUCUCAAGCGUCGCCGUAGUGUAUUGGCUGAUGCAAAAGGAUAUCGUUUCCACCGCUCUCAAACAGAACGUGCCGCAAAGGUAGCUAUUACUAAAGCAGGCGUUCAUGCAUUUAACCACCGUAAAGACAAAAAAGCUGACAUGCGCCGUCUCUGGACUAUCCGCAUUAACGCUGCACUUCGUCCACUCGGGCUCUCAUACAGUAAGUUCAUCGAUAUGCUCCACAAAAAAGGCAUCACCGUUGAUCGUAAAAUCCUUUCAACUAUUGCUAUGGAUAACAUGGCUUCAUUCGAAAGAAUUGUUGCUCAG